GGAGGAGGAAGAAGAGGGAGUAGCAGGAGGUAAGGUUCCGCUUCAGGCAUCCUCAGCACCGCCACGGGAUCUUUCAAAGCAGCAGGAGUCGGCAAGGAGUCCGGACGUGACAUACAGCACCGUCGACACCACAGACACCACCAUCGUCACCACCACCAAGACCGAGACCAAGAAAAGGACAUCCACUCUGCUCUUGUUGCGGUGUUGGAACUUCGACUUAAAGAAACACUGGAAGACUCUGACGUUUCUGCAGGAAGUCGACGAUAUGGAUCUUCGCUUUAUAGGAGGUGUGUUGAGUGUGUUUCUUCUGGCGGCGCUGAGAGAGGGAUCCGCCACGUCCCCAUCCCACGAGCCAUCAAUUACAGCACAAUCCUCCGCCCAUGACGCCCACGACGACGCCCACGCCCGCCAGAAACGCCAGCUGCACCGCAUCCUCGACCCGUUCGGGCUGCUGGGGAAGGCGAAGGAUGCGGUGAGCGGGGCGAUGGAUCACCUGGGGCAGCGGAUCGACGAGGGGGCGCAACAGGUGGGGCAGCUGAUGCAACACGGCGCCGCAAGACUCGACUCCGCCUUCAAGAACCACGUGGGCCAGAUGCAGAAGGGGCUGGAGGAGGCGGGGAAGGUGGCGGGCAUCAUCGGGGAGGACCUGGUGGAGUCGGUGUCCGCCCUAGUGACCAACGGCGUGCAGGAUGAGGCGGUCGUGAGGAAGAGUGAAGGCUUCGUGGACAGCUUUUUGAGACUGGUUGGAAUCGAACCCUCGCAAGUUGGUCUGAUGGCUCUCAACGUUCUGAUCUUCUUGGCUGAAUUGAUUACCUCGUCCCUCGUCGGUGAUAAACUGAACGAAAUCCCGGAGUCCAGAGAUUCGGAAACGAGUGUCCUUAACUGGUUCAUGAGAGGCGACCCGACCAAGGUCGAGGCGAUGCUGAAGGAGGCGCAGGAUCCAGGACUUCCUCGUGCCAUCAUCAACAAGCUGGCGCGGGCGACGGGCGACGAUACGGCGUGCGUGCAGCUCCUCGUGUGCAAGAUGUCGCCGCUGGUGUGGGGGCUGCAGCGCUCCGUGGCCGUGUCCCAAGCCAAGGCCAGGAGCACCGAUCCGGACGUGACCCGACCAGGACUCAUGGAGGUCCUGUACGACGCCCUCCCGCCCCUCAACACCUUCGUCACCUUCUCGGAGUCCUGCGAGAACCAGUUUCCGGCGUGUCCCCUCAUCGACCUUUCCCACCUCGGCCUCGGACUCUAAGCACCUUGAGUGACCGACCUUUGACCUCGAGAGAGAG